AAUGUUUUUGUAUCUCAUCUAGUUUUAUUUACAAUACAACCAUUAAAAAUAAAGAAAUUGUUGAGUUACAAUUGUGUGGUGUCUGCCACAGGAAUAACAAUAUAUUUUCAUUUAUAAUCAUUAUUUUAAAAUGGAUACAUCUACUGCAAAGAAAGAAGCAUUUGAAAAAAAGAAGGUGAAAAAGAAAAUGAGCAAGGCACAAAUGCAAUUAGCAAUAAUUAAAAAGAAACAAUGUGAUGCUAAAGCUCUCAAGAUUGUUGAACAACUUUUAGAACCUAAAAUAGAUUCUCAGUGGCUUUUAUGCAAUUUAAGGUACAUUAACAGAAGUCAUAUGGAAGAUGUAAUUGAAGAAAGGGCUAUAGUAAAAUUAUGUGGCUAUGUUUUGUGCAAUAAUGCAUUAACAACUAUAAUUGAUCAACGAUAUCACAUAUCAACAAAAAAAAAUAAAGUUUAUGAUGUAACUAGACGUAAAAAUUUUUGUAGUUCACGUUGUUAUGGAGCUUGUAAUUAUCUUUUGGAACAAAUACUCACAAGUCCUCUUUGGUUAAGAGAUAAAGAAGAAAUACCAGAAUUCAAAGUACUACCAGUAAAAGAUGAAUUAGAAAAAAGUAUACCUGGAGAUGAAAUUCAUGUACAAGAUAUGAAUAUGGUAUUGACUCCUGAAAACAAGGAAACACAUGUAGAAAGUAAUACAAUUUGCAAGAAUUUAAAAACUAUGUCUGCUGGUCAAUGUUCAGAAGUUAAUGUAAAUAAUGAACAUAAUAUAGUAGAAACAAAUAAUGAAAACAUAGAAAUAAACAAUAUUAUUGAAAAAUCAGAUGUUUUUAGAGAGCAAUCUUUGAAAAACUUUAACAUAGCAUCUGAAGAUAUGAAAAACUUAACUACUAAUUUAGAAGAUAAAGAUAACAGUAAUAUAGAAAAUAAAAAAGAAAAAAGUAAAUUAUUUAAAACACUGGAAACAGAGGUCAAUAUAACCAUUACAAAACAAAAUACUAAUAUUAACAAUAAUGAUUGUAUACAAGAAGUAGAAAAAAGUAAAAGUACAGAACAUCAGCAAAAAAAUUCUAUCAAAGUAAAACAAUCAAAUGAAUUUUACAAUCUUGUAAUGCAUAUUGAACAUAGUAUAAAAGAAUGGAUUACUGAAGAUACCCUUUGUUUAUUAUCAGGAGAAGAAGAUGUUAAACACCGGUUAUUAGAAAAUGUAGCACAACAUGACAGAUAUUUACAUUUGUGUAAAAAAUUAAAUAAAUUACAAUUAGAAGAUGAUAAAGAUGAUCGUACAGAUUUAACUACAGAUACUUUGAAACCAUUACCUCAUUUGUCUGUUCUUCAAGAGGAAGGAAAAAAAAUGGAAUUAAAAGUGCGAGCAUUUUACAAAGGCACUGUGUCUAUAGAAAAUCCUGUGAAUACCACAGAAGAUAUUGAAAAAGAUAAUGAUUUUACUCCAGUAUUACCGUUAACGGAUGCACAUGCACCUAAAACACUUCGUCGUCGAAUUUUUUUAGAUAAACUUAGUAGAAUAUUGCCCGAUUUAUUAAGAGCUCUGUCUAGUUAUAAAUUACCACAAUACAUAUACAGUGAAAAAAGUGCUUUAAUUAAAGCAUUGGUUAAUACGUUUUCACUGUCCGCUGCAAAUAUUAUUUUUAAAACGGCAGAAUGGACUCUAGUAGGUCUUAUUAUUAUAAAAAUGUUGAGUAUGAUAGAUCCACAAUUAAAAGUUUUACUGUCGACCAAACAGGCAUCAAUGUAUAUUUCAAUGAUUUUGAUGUCAUAUAAGCUGGAUUCAAAUUAUUUAGAUAGAUUAGUGACAGAAUUGACUAAUAAUAUAGAUGUACCAAACGCGAACAAUGUUAAAAAUUAUAAUGCGAAAAAAUAA